UAGUUUCACUGGGAACAAAAUUAACUGCUGCACUGACAUUUAGCAUGUCAACCUUAUUGAAUAAGAACAUUUAGCAUGAAUGGAAACUGGAUGCGAAUGAGCUUGCUAUCAUUUUGAGUGGACUGGUGAAAACUAGUCAAUUUAAACUGGGGAUAUAAACCAUACUAAGUUAUUUAAAUAUAAACAGUCUUAUCUUCUGAAUAAAGACUGGAAGGCGUGUGAACAACGGGCGGCUGUUCAACCAGUGAGUCCAACUAGCAACACAUGCUAGCUUGCUAACUUUAUAUAGAGACCAAGGCCAGAAUAAAGAUGGAAACAAUACUUAACCUACCAAUCGAAAAUAAAAUAUUUUAUGCUGUUCUGGUGUUCUCAUGGACGGUGUAUCUAUGGGAGGCCUACCUUGCCUACAGACAGCGGAGAAUAUACAGGUUGACCGUGCACGUACCACAAGAGUUGGGAAAGAUCAUGGACACAGAUACCUUUGAGAAGUCACGCCUUUAUCAACUAGACAAGAGCAACUUCAGUUUCUGGUCUGGACUGUAUUCAGAAACUGAGGGGACGCUGAUCCUGCUAUUUGGCGGAAUCCCUUUUGUUUGGAAAGUUGCUGGGACAGUGACUGCUCGUUUUGGAUUGGGUCCAGAGUAUGAGAUCUUCCAGUCUCUUUCGUUUCUGAUACUAGCAACCCUGUUCAGUGCAUUCACUGGCCUUCCCUGGAGUAUCUACAACACCUUUGUUAUUGAGGAGAAGCAUGGCUUCAACCAGCAGACGCUGGGGUUCUUCCUAAAGGAUGCUGUAAAGAAGUUUAUUGUGACCCAGUGUAUCUUGUUGCCUGUGACCUCACUGCUCCUCUACAUCAUCAAGAUUGGUGGAGACUUCUUCUUCAUCUACGCCUGGCUCUUCACACUGGGUGUCUCACUUGUUCUGGUAACCAUCUAUGCGGACUACAUUGCGCCCCUAUUUGACAAGUUCACCCCUUUGCCAGAGGGUGAGCUGAAGGAAGAGAUUGAAAGCAUGUCGAAGUCUAUCAGUUUCCCUCUCACUAAGGUCUAUGUUGUAGAAGGUUCCAAGCGUUCCUCUCACAGUAACGCUUACUUCUAUGGGUUCUUCAAGAACAAGCGCAUAGUGUUGUUCGACACCCUGCUGGAGGACUACUCUCCCCUCAACAAGGACGGAGAGACUGACACACCAACCGAGGACAAAUCCAAGCUCAAGAACAAGAAGCAAGGCUGCAACAAUCCAGAGGUCUUGGCGGUGUUGGGCCACGAGCUGGGCCAUUGGAAGUUGGGCCACACUGUGAAAAACAUAGUAAUCAGUCAGAUGAACUCCUUCCUGUGCUUCUUCCUCUUUGCUGUGCUAAUUGGACGGAAGGAGCUGUUCGUGGCCUUUGGUUUCUAUAACAGCCAGCCCACUUUGAUUGGGUUGAUGAUCAUAUUCCAGUUCAUCUUCUCCCCAUACAAUGAGGUCUUGUCAUUCUGUCUGACUGUCCUGAGCCGCAGGUUUGAGUUCCAGGCGGACUCCUUUGCGCUGGGCAUGGGUCGAGCCUCAGAGCUCUACUCUGCACUCAUCAAGCUCAACAAAGACAACCUGGGCUUCCCUGUGGCUGACUGGCUCUUUUCCAUGUGGCACUACUCCCACCCUCCCCUCCUGGAGCGCCUACGGGCCCUGGGAAGCACCAAGCAGGACUGACGAGUCCCAAAAGGAGAGCCACGCCCGCUGCCUCACCCCAAGGGUCUCCGCAGGCCUCUUCUGGCACUCUGAUGUAGUCUCCCCAAUUUUCCUUUCUGUUUCCCUAUUUUUGUUCUCCUUUAUCCUCGCCAUUAUGUUCCUUUUUUGGUAAUUUUUUCCCCACAGUUUCAAACUGGCACAAUACCAAAAGUUUUCAGAAAUCUAGUGUGAGACAAGAAGAUCUGCGGCUAUGCUUAUUCUAGGUGUAAUGGAGUUAAGAAUGUACCAUAAGCUCAUGCCACAGCUAGCUUGACAUGUUGCCGAUGGAGCUAUCGAUUUAUACAUUUUCCCGAUAGCUCAAACGGUUUGUAAGUUGUCAAGGAGUGCAGUCACGUGUGCUAGCCAGGCAUAGGUCCUGAGUUCGAGCUCUGCGAGCCUAAUUGGGAGGAACCUGUACUCACUAAGCAAGCAGUGUGACAUCCGUAACACAGGGAAACAUGAACAUGCAAUACAAUUGUGGGCAUAAAUAAUUACCCGAACAUUUUUAGUUUAAGCACUUGCUGCUAGUACAGGUCACAUUGAUCAAGGAUUUCUCAUAUUCCAGCAAGGUUUACAUUUUUUACUGAAGUUUUAUUUGAAUUUCAUUUUACUCCCCUGAGAAUUUGUCAUUACAAAUGUUUUCUCAUAAAACCUUGAUGUACAGUAAUGGAACUAUCCCUGGCCAGUAGGUGUGGCACUAUCCCUGGCCAGUAGGUGUGGAACUAUCCCUGGCCAGUAGGGGUGGCACUAUCCCUGGCCAGUAGGGGUGGCACUAUCCCUGGCCAGUAGGAGUGGCACUAUCCCUGGCCAGUAGGUGUGGAACUAUCCCUGGCCAGUAGGGGUGGCACUAUCCCUGGCCAGUAGGGGUGGCACUAUCCCUGGCCAGUAGGGGUGGCACUAUCCCUGGCCAGUAGGGGUGGCACUAUCCCUGGCCAGUAGGGGUGGCACUAUCCCUGGCCAGUAGGGGUGGCACUAUCCCUGGCCAGUAGGGGUGGCACUAUCCCUGGCCAGUAGGGGUGGCACUAUCCCAUCCCUGGCCAGUAGGGGUGGCACUAUCCCUGGCCAGUAGGGGUGGCACUAUCCCAUCCCUGGCCAGUAGGGGUGGCACUAUCCCAUCCCUGGCCAGUAGGGGUGGCACUAUCCCAUCCCUGGCCAGUAGGGGUGGCACUAUCCCAUCCCUGGCCAGUAGGGGUGGCACUAUCCCAUCCCUGGCCAGUAGGGGUGGCACUAUCCCAUCCCUGGCCAGUAGGGGUGGCACUAUCCCAUCCCUGGCCAGUAGGGGUGGCACUAUCCCAUCCCUGGCCAGUAGGGGUGGCACUAUCCCAUCCCUGGCCAGUAGGGGUGGCACUAUCCCUGGCCAGUAGGGGUGGCACUAUCCCUGGCCAAUAGGGGUGGCACUAUCCCUAUCCAAUCCAUUUUUGGGGGGCGGGGGUUGAGAAAAAAAUAUCAAGAGUGACAAUAGGCUGUACAGCGAAUGGGCCAUCAAUUUAUUAUUAAUAGUAUAUCCUACUGGUCGAUUGGCUCCAUCUACAACUGUUUAUUAUGAGAGGUGUGUCUGAACACUAGAACUUUAAAAGAUACACACCUUUUCAGAUUUAGUCAAGACUAUGCUUGAGAUGGAUCAAGUUAUACAGGUAACUGCCAAAGUAAUGAAACAAGGGAUACAAAGAAUAUUGAAAGCAGGUGCUUCCACACAGGUGUGGUUCCUGAGUUAAUUAAGCAAUUAAUAUCCCAUCGUGCUUGGGGUCAUGUAUAAAAAUGCUGGGCAGGCCAUUAUUUUGGCUACCAUGACAAUGCCCCUAUGCACAGGGCAUGAGUGGUCAAAUUACAUUUUAUUUGUCACGUGCCGAAUACAACAGGUGUAGUAGGCCUUACCAUGAAAUGCUUAUUUACAAGCCCUUAACCAACAAUGCAGAGUAAGAGGGGGGGACAAUGCAAAUAGUCUGGGUAGCCAUUUGAUUAGAUGUUCAGGAGUCUUAUGGCUUGGGGGUCGAAGCUGUUUAGAAGCCUCUUGGACCAAGACUUGGCGUUCCGGUACUGCUUGCCGUGCGGUAGCAGAGAGAACAUUCUAUGACUAGGGUACUGGAGUUUGACAAUUUUUAGGGCCUUCCUCUGACACCGCCCGGUAUAGAGGUCCUGGAUGGCAGGAAGCUUGGCCGUUCGCACUACCCUCUGUAGUGCCUUGUGGCCGGAGGCCGAGCGGUUACCAUACCAGGCAGUGAUGCAACCAGUCAAGAUGCUCUCGAUGGUGCAGCUGUAGAACCGUUUGAGGAUAUUAGAACCCAUGCCAAAUCUUUUCAUUCUCCUGAGGGGGAAUAGGUUUUGUCGUGUCCUCUUCACGACUGUCUUGGUGUGCUUGGACCAUGUUUGAUGUAAUAUGUAAACUCAGCAAAAAAAGAAACGUCCUCUCACUGUCAACUCUGUUUAUUUUCAGCAAACUUAACAUGUGUAAAUAUUUGUAUGAACAUAACAAGAUUCAACAACUGAGACACAACCUGAACAAGUUCCACAGACAUGUGACUAACAGAUAUUGAAUAUUGUGUCCCUGAACAAAGGGGAGGUCAAAAGUAACAGUCAGUAUCUGGUGUGGCCACCAGCUGCAUUAAGUAUUGCAGUGCAUCUCCUCAUGGACUGCACCAGAUUUGCCAGUUCUUGCUGUGAGAUGUUACCCCACUCUUCCACCAAGGCACCUGCAAGUUCCCAGACAUUUCUGGGGGGAAUGGCCCUAGCCCUUACCCUCCGAUCCAACAGGUCCCUGAUGUGCUCAGUGGGAUUGAGAUCGGGGCUCUUCGCUGGCCAUGGCAGAACACUGACAUUCCUGUCUUGCAGGAAAUCACGCACAGAAUGAGCAGUAUGGCUGGUGGCAUUGUCAUGCUGGAGGGUCAUGUCAGGAUGAGCCUGCAGAAAGGGUACCACAUGAGGGAGGAGGAUGUCUUCCCUGUAACGCACAUCGUUGAGAUUGCCUGCAAUCACAAUAAGCUCAGUCCGAUGAUGCUGUGACACACCGCCCCAGACCAUUACAGACCCUCCACCUCCAAAUCGAUUCCUCUCCAGGGUAUAGGCCUCGGUGUAACGUCCAUUCCUUCAACGAUAAAUGCGAAUCCUACCAUCACCCCUGGUGAGACAAAACCGCGACUCGUCAGUGAAGAGCACUUUUUGCCAGUCCUGUCUGGUCCAGCGACAGUGGGUUUGUGCCCAUAGGCGACGUUGUUGCCGGUGAUGUCUGGUGAGGAUCUGCCUUACAACAGGCCUACAAGCCCUCAGUCCAGCCUCUCUCAGCCUAUUGCGGAGCAUCUGAGCACUGAUUGAGGGAUUGUGCAUUCCUGGUGUAACUCGGGCAGUUGUUGCCAUCUUGUACCUGUCCCGCAGGUGGGAUAUUCGGAUGUAUGGAUUCUGUGCAGGUGUUAGAAGUGGUCUGCCACUGCGAGGACGAUAAGCUGUCCGUCCUGUCUCCCUGUAGCACUGUCUUAGGCGUCUCACAGUACAAACAUUGCAAUUUAUUGCCCUGGCCACAUCUGCAGUCCUCAUGCCUCCUUGCAGCAUGCCUAAGGCACAUUCAUGCAGAUGAGCAGGGACCGUGGGCAUCUUUCUUUUGGUGUUUUUCAGAGUCGGUAGAAAGGCCUCUUUAGUGUCCUAAGUUUUCAUAACUGAUCUUAAUUGCCUACCGUCGGUAAGCUGUUAGUGUCUUAACGACCGUUCAACAGGUGCAUGUUCAUUAAUUGUUUAUGGUUCAUUGAACAAGCAUGGGAAACAGUGUUUAAAACCUUUACAAUGAAGAUCUGUGAAGUUAUUUGGAGUUUUUAACGAAUUAUCUUUGAAUGACAGGGUCCUGAAAAGGGAAUUUUUAUUUUUUUGCUGAGUUUAGGUAGGGGGAAAGUGACUAUGCAUAGAUAAUAAACAGCGAGUAGCAGUGUAAAAAAAGGGGGUCAAUGAAAAUAGUCUGGGUAGCCUUUUGAUUAAUUGUUCAGUAGUUUUAUGGCUUGGGUGUAGAAGCUGUUAAGGAGCCUUUUGGACCUAAACUUGGCUUGAUGAACAUGAACUAUGUAAACCAUAUGCCACGGCCGUCUCAGUCACCAGAUCUCAACCCAAUUGAAUACUUGUGGCAGAUUCUGGAGCGGUGCCUGAGACAGUGUUUUCCACCACCAUUAAAAGACCCAAAUUAUGGAAUUUCUUGUGGAAUAAUGGUAUUGCGUCCCUCCAAAAGAGUUCCAGAUACUUGUAGAAGCUAUGCCAAAGUGAAUUUUAAGCUGUUCUGGCAGCUCAUUGUAGCCCAACACCCUAUUAAGACACUAUUGGUCUUUCCUUUAUUUUGGCAGUUACUCUAAUUAAGGGUUGAGUGCCUGUGACUUCCCAGGGAUGUGGUGAUAGUUUUUAAGUAAUACUUGGGCCAAUGAUGGACCAAAGGAAUGUUCAAUUUAGGUAAAAUUUCCUAGUUUCUUUUUAUAACACAAUUUCAGUUUUUUAAUGCACUUUUAACGGCCUGACCAUACUGUACUUGUAAAUCAUUGAUUAGCGUAAUGGCAAAGGGAGAAGAAAGUGAAUGGAUUUGUUAUAUAUGGUUUGGACUCUACUGUUAAUGUGUUAUUGUUUUGUUUCUUCUCUUUUGGUGCCUGUGUGUGCGAGGUGUGAUAGUGAACCCAGUUUUGACUGAAGGGGGGGGGGGGGGGCUACAUCAGAUGAAUCAAGUGUUUGGUUUGUUAUAGAAGGACAUACUUUUCUUGCAGCAUUGUGAAUAAAGUCCCUCAGAGCA